AUGGCUCAUAAAAAGCCUGGAAAAAUGGGUAAAAGUGACCUUCGGAAUGAUGAUGAAAACGAAGAUUUUGGCUUAGAAGAAGAGGUUCCUAAGUGGUAUAAUCAGUUCAGUGAUGAAUCUGAAAUCAAUUGUGAACCUCCUGAUGAAGAUGAGUUAAAUUCAUUGAGAUUAGAAGCUGAAAAUGUUUUUGAGCAAGAAACAAAACAUUUCAUGACAAAGCAAAGAAAAGGAAAGGCUGGACAUGAUACAAAUUGGUUGAAAACUAUGAUUACCAAAGGAACAACAAAAGAUAAAAUUGCAGCUCAUGUUAUCAGCAUCCAAAAUGCUCCUAUGUAUAGCCUAUCAGUCCUUCAUGGACUUAUUAGUAUGGUAAAAGCAUCAAAGAAACAUGAUUGUGCAUCUGUAAUGGAAAAUCUGUCUGAUCUAUUUCUCGAAGAUUUAUUGAUACCUUCAAAAAAAUUAAAAACAUUCGACAAACAGCCUUUGACAAAAUUGUCAGAAAUUACUUCAGGUUGUGCUAGAGCUAGGAAAUCUAGAUUAGUUGCUUGGCUUUUUGAAGAAAAAUUGAGGGAAUGUUAUUCUCAAUUUAUUAAUGCAGUUGAUGUUAUUUCAAAAGAUACCGUUGAUGCAAACAGAAUUAAGGCAGUAUCUGUGAUGAACAAGCUGUUAACUGGACAUCCCGAACAAGAGCAGGUCCUUCUAAAAAAUCUGGUGAACAAACUUGGUGAUCCUAAUCAGAAAGUAGUUAGUAAAGUAGUAUACAGUUUGACACAGUUGCUGCAAGUUCAUCCUGUUAUGAAACAAGUAGUUAUGAAUGAAGUUGAAAAAUUCUUAUUUCGCCCAAAUAUGAAUACCAGAGCUCAAUACUACAGCAUUUGUUUUCUAACACAAUUUGUUUUUCAAAGAAAAGAUAGGGAUGUUGCUAGAAACAUCAUCAUGAUUUAUUUUUCUUUUUUCAAAGGUGCUAUAAAGAAGGGAGAAAUUGAUUCUCGGCUUAUGGGAGCACUGUUGGUAGGAGUUAAAAGAGCAUUCCCAUAUGCGAGUCUUGCUCCAGGUUCAAUGAAGGAACAUACAGAUACUCUUUACAAACUUGUCCACUUAUCUCCCUUUAAUAUUUCAAUCCAUGCCUUAUGUCUAUUACAAGAAAUUUCUACUGAUGCCGAUGACAGAUUCUAUAGUGCCCUUUAUAAAAAGCUCUUAGAUAAAGAUUUGAAUAAAUCAUGUCACCAUGCAGUAUUCAUCAACCUUCUGGCAAAAGCUAUCACCAGAGACACUAACAUCAAUAGAAUUAAAGCCAUCAUUAAGCGUCUGUUGCAGGUAUGCCUUUAUGUCCCUGCUCCAUUAGCUUGUGGAUUCCUGUAUUUAGUUUCAUAUUUAUUCUCUCAAAGGAGGUCUCUUCUUGAAUUUCAAGCUGAGCCCAAAACUUGUUCAGUUAUCAAAAUUGAAGAUUUAGAUGAUCAAGAUGAUGGUGAUGAAAAAUAUUUUGAUGCUGAUAAGAUUAUAGAGGUUAAAAUUAAAGAAGAACCUGAUACCGAAGAAAACCCUAUUUCAGAAAAAGUCAGACCAGAAGAGCCCAUAUCAGAAGAAAUAGAACUAGAAGUAAAAGAAGAGACUGAUGAUGAUAAUAAGGCUAGAGGUUGGGUUUAUAAAGAUCUGAUGAAGAGUAAGGCUUCAAAGUUUUCUGUUUCUUAUGACCCAUUGGCGAGAAAUCCAGCUUAUGCAAAUGCAGACAAAUCAGCUUAUUUCGAACUUUUGUACCUUUCAAACCAUUUUCAUCCCAGUGUCUCAUUAUUUGCAAAGAAAAUUUUAGCCUCUGAGAGAAUCGUUUAUUCCGGGGAUCCGUUAGCUGAUUUUACCUUAGUGAGAUUCCUUGAUAGAUUCUGUUUUAAAAAUCCUAAGAAAAUUUUCAGUGAAGAAGAUAAAAAUGGUCCAGACCGAGCCCUUGCCAACAGGAAAUAUUACAAACCAUCUGGAGUGAAGUCUGUACAUGUACUGAGCAGAGAUUAUUUACUUCAACAUAAAUCACUGAUUCCUGUAGAUGAAUUAUUUUUAUUCAAAUAUUUAAAAGAUAAGCAUGGCGACGGAAAGAACUUUGUGAAAAACGAAGAUGAUGACAAUGAUAGUGUUGCUAGUGAGGAAUUUGAAGAGAUGUUAGACGGUAUGAUGGGUGGAAAAAAGAUGAAGCAACUCGACUUCAUGGAUGAUAUCGGUGAUAAACUUAAAAAGAAAGGAACCGCUGAUAAAACUUCUGACUUAGGCUCAGAAGCAGAUUCAGAAGAGGACGUUGGUGAUGAUGAUGAUGAUGAUGGUGAUGAAGAAUAUGAUGACGAUGGAGAAGAACAAGAAGAAGAUAUGGAAGGCGUACCAGAUGGAAUGGAUGGGGAAGAAUUUGAUUUUGAUAAAGAUGUAGCAGAUGCUUUAGAUUUCAGUGAUGAUGCUGAUGGAGAAGACAUUGAUAUUGAUCAGGAGUUCUUCAAUAAAACAUCUAGUUCUAAAAAAUCUCAUGAUAAAAAGGGAAAAUUGAAGAAGAAAGUAAAAGGCUUGAAAUUAAAAGGAGGUCUUGAAGAUCUCUUUGCUCCUGCUGAAGAAUUUUCUGAAAUCCUGGAGGAAGCUGGUGCUUCUAAGGAGAAGCCUGGAAUGGCCCAGUCUCUGUCAACUGCUGAUAAUGCUGCUCCAAAACAAAUUGCUUGGGAAACCAAAAGAGACAGAUGGGUGAGAAAUGUUGGUGACAAAAAAAGAAAAUUUAAGAACAAUAAGAAAUAUUUUAAAGGUGCAAAGAAGAGAAGAAUAAACAAUUAA